GCAAUAAAAUAAGAAAAGGAGUUUGGAAAGAGUCAUCCAGUGAAAUCACCCUGAUGUUUGAAUCCAAGGUGAUCUGUUCUGAAUUUCACUGGAAUCUCUUUAUUUUCCGCAUAAACUAGCAAUAGACUCUUACGUGAUUCAGAUGAAUGGCAAUGGUACCCUCCCCUCUGUGCUGGAUGUGCGUGUCAACUUUGGUGGGAGAAGUUCCGGACAGGGAAAAACUAAAGACAGGAAGGCCAGAUGGUCUGUGAGGCCCUCAGAAAUGUCCAACAAAACUUUCAAUCCUAUCCGGGCCAUUGUGGACAGCAUGAAGGUGAAGCCAAAUCCAAACAAAGCCAUGAUUUCUUUGUCAAUUGGAGACCCGACUGUGUUUGGAAACCUGCCUACAGACCCUGAAGUUACCCAAGCAAUGAAAGAUGCCCUGGACUCGGGAAAGCAUAAUGGAUAUGCCCCAUCCACUGGUUACCUAUCCAGUCGAGAGGAGAUUGCUUCUUAUUACCACUGUCUGGAGGCACCCCUGGAUGCUAAGGAUGUCAUUCUGACAAGUGGUUGCAGUCAGGCUAUUGAACUUUGCUUAGCUGUGUUGGCCAAUGUAGGACAAAACAUCCUAGUUCCUAGACCUGGUUUCUGUCUCUACAAGACUUUGGCUGAAUCUAUGGGAAUCGAGGUCAGAUUCUACAAUCUGCUGCCAGAGAAGUCUUGGGAAAUUGACCUGAAACACCUGGAAUCUCUGAUUGAUGAAAAGACAGCGUGUCUCAUUGUUAAUAAUCCAUCAAACCCCUGUGGGUCUGUGUUCAGCAAAAGGCAUCUUCAGAAAAUUCUAGCAGUGGCUGCAAGGCAGUGUGUCCCCAUCUUAGCUGAUGAAAUCUAUGGAGACAUGGCGUUUCCAGAUUGCAAAUACGAGCCUCUAGCCACCCUCAGCACUGAUGUUCCCAUCCUGUCCUGUGGUGGGUUGGCCAAGCGCUGGCUGGUUCCUGGCUGGAGGUUGGGCUGGAUCCUCAUCCAUGACCGAAGAGACAUUUUUGGCAACGAGAUCCGAGAUGGGCUAGUGAAGCUGAGCCAGCGGAUCCUGGGGCCCUGCACCAUUGUCCAGGGAGCUCUGAAAAGCAUCCUGCGUCGCACCCCUCAAGAGUUCUACCACAACACUCUAAGGUUCCUGAAGUCCAAUGCUGAUCUCUGCUAUGGAGCAUUGGCUGCCAUCCCAGGACUCCGGCCAGUCCGUCCUUCUGGGUCCAUGUACCUCAUGGUUGGAAUUGAGAUGGAACAUUUCCCAGGAUUUGAGAAUGAUGUGGAGUUCACCGAGCGCUUAGUUGCUGAGCAAUCAGUCCACUGCCUCCCAGGAAUGUGCUUUGAGUACCCGAAUUUCUUCCGAGUCGUAAUCACAGUGCCCGAGGUGAUGAUGGUGGAGGCCUGUAGCCGGAUCCAGGAGUUCUGUGAGCGGCACUACCACUGUGCUGAAGGGAGCCAGGAGGAGUGCGACAAAUAGGCCCUUGUCUAUUCUCCUGGGGAUACGUCUCAUUCACAGAGGGCUGGGCUGGAACCUGCUGCUCCUUGGGGAACUGGUGCCCCUACUGGGAGAGAGGCCUCAAAAACACCACUUCAAGGGUUCAGAAUCGCUCUUGUUUUUCCCCAGCUGUGUCUACAUACAAACUCUGAAUCCCAGAUUCUCCUCUUACUCUGCUGUUGUAGUGACUCCCUAAUUCAUUAAUAUGUCCCCCUUUCACAUGGCUUCCUCCUUUUUUUCCUCAGAGUACCAGGUAAACAAAGUCUACCAGAAAGCAGCAGAGA